AUGCGCAUUGAUUUCCACUACGAUGACAACACAUAUUUAGUUGGGUUUGAUUUUGGUACUUUAGGAUCUUAUAAAGGAGGAAAUUCGAUUGAAUAUAAAUGCAUUUUUACGAGGGAUGCAAAUAAUCUGAUUUCUUUGCUAUCAAAGAUCGAUGAAUUACUUUCUUUGGAAAAGAUGUUGAUCACUUGGGCUAUUCUUUACGAUGUAUUUGAACGAAAACAAAAACUUAAAGAUG